CGCCUGGAGACAAAGGUGCGAUGGGGAUCCCUGGGCGGCCGGGACUAAAAGGGCAACCUGGAGAGAAGGGAGCUCCAGGAGCAGCGGGCAUGUCUGUCAUCGGGCCCCGCGGUCCACCCGGACAGCCUGGAACGAGAGGUUUCCCUGGAUUCCCGGGCCCUAUUGGCUUGGACGGUAAACCGGGUCAUCCUGGACAGAAGGGAGAGAUGGGUGCCGCAGGUCCCAGGGGACAACCUGGACCCCCAGGACAAAAAGGAGAAAAGGGUCAGUGUGCAGAGUACCCGCACAGGCUGCUGCCUCUCCUCAAUUCCGUGCGGCUGGCUCCACCUCCGGUCAUAAAGAGACGCACUUUCCAGGGUGAACAAGGACAAGCAGGAAUCCAAGGUCCCCCGGGACCCCCUGGCCCCCCAGGGCCAAUUGGACCAGCAGGACCCGAGGGAACCCCAGGACAGCCUGGGCCAGUGGGGCCACCUGGCAGAGCGGGAGAACCUGGGAAGCCUGGCAGGGACGGAAAGGGCUUACCUGGGCCUCCUGGACCAAAGGGAGACCCUGGGGUUCAGGGAUACCCCGGCAGAAAGGGUGAGGGGGGUGAGCCAGGCCUGCCCGGCGCGCGCGGCCUCCCCGGAGCCACUGGCCCCAAGGGUGAAAAAGGGGACGCUGGCAUAAAGGGGGAGAGAGGCAUGCCGGGGCUGCCAGGAAGACAUGGCUCUAAGGGCGCUCCGGGGGUGGCGACCGCAGGGAUGAAGGGCGAGCCUGGGACUCCAGGAGAAAAGGGAGAUCCUGGAGUCCCAGGGAGGAUGGGCCCCCCAGGUUUGCCAGGGAAGAGGGGGCAGCGGGGUGAGAAGGGACGCGCUGGUGACCCUGGGCUUCCUGGACUCCCUGGCAUGAAGGGAGAUAAGGGAAGUGCUGAAAAUGCCCUGGUGGGAACUAAAGGAGAACCUGGCCCUCCAGGUCUGCCAGGGCCCCCCGGACCAAAGGGAGAAGCUGGUGACAUUGGCUGGCCUGGCACUGCGGGGCCACGGGGAGAAAAGGGGGAACGUGGUUCACCAGGAGACCAAGGACCCAUGGGCCCAAGGGGCCCCAAAGGAGAGCCUGGGAAGGAUGAGAUGAUGGACUAUGACGGUAACAUCAGUGAGGCUCUCCAGGAAAUAAGAACUUUGGCCUUGAUGGGACCCCCAGGACUGCCAGGUGUGGCUGGACCUCCAGGGCCACCAGGACAGAAGGGUGAAAUUGGCUUGCCAGGUCCUCCAGGCCACGAUGGAGAAAAGGGACCACGUGGCAAGCCUGGAGAAAUGGGUCCUCCCGGACUGCCAGGAAGGGAUGGACCACCUGGAAUAAAGGGAGAGCCAGGCCAUGUUGGGGCCACAGGAGAAAAGGGCGAGAAAGGAGAGCCAGGACAAGCCGGCUCACCGGGUCUUGAUGGCCCCACUGGAGAGAAAGGCGAGCGAGGCGACCAAGGGAUUCCAGGACCGUCAGGAUUGCCGGGUCCCAUUGGACUCCCAGGAUUGACAGGAGAGAAGGGCGAGCCUGGGGAGCGCGGAAACAAAGGCAAUCCGGGAGAAUCGAUACCUGGUCCCCCUGGACCCCAAGGCCCACCAGGACCUCCAGGUCUUCAGGGCCUCCCAGGGCCGAAGGGGGAAGCAGGGAUUGAUGGAAUGAAAGGAGAGAAGGGUGCCCAGGGUGAAAAAGGAGACAGAGGGCCACUGGGAUUACCCGGUGCUUCAGGUUUAGACGGCAGGCCUGGACCACCGGGCACUCCAGGACCAAUCGGGGUUUCGGGACCAGCAGGACCAAAAGGAGAAAGGGGCAGUAAAGGAGACCCUGGAAUUGCAGGACCAAUGGGGCCCGCGGGGCUUCCUGGUUUACAAGGUCUACCUGGUGACAAAGGAGUCCGGGGGGAGAGGGGCAAGAAAGGCUCUAGAGGGUCUAAAGGGGAUAAGGGAGACCAAGGAGCGCCUGGAUUAGAUGCACCCUGUCCGUUGGGGGAAGAUGGCCUUCCAGUUCAAGGCUGCUGGAAUAAGGGUCAGACUCCUUGGCUGAUAGCCAAAAAGUGAGGCAAGCCCCAGGGUGGACACGCUUUGACAGGACAGCAGGACGGCAGGAGAAGAACAGACCUUCCCGAAGGUUUGCUGGAGAUGUUCUGUGAGCUCCCUGGAGCCUGGGAAGGUUCUCCAGCUGCGCCAGGAGCCCAGUGGGGCUGCGGCAGCGCGGUGCCCACGCUUCUGCUUUGCUUUGUCUCCUCCCGCAGGCCAGCGGCAGGGCUGGGAAUGACACCCUUCAUGUUCUUGUUUCCUUUGGUCAUUUUCACUUGGUUCUACUAUUGUGGUCAGGCUCUUCAGAUGAAGAAUUAGGCUUGUUUUCCAGCAGCUGGUGUAUAAACGAGGGCAAGGCAUGGACAAUAUUUCUGUGGGGGGGAUACUUUGAUCCAAGAAAGAAAUCCUUCUUGAGCGAUUAUCCUUAGAGAAACCGAUCAGCCCCGCAUGUUCAGAGUGCUGCUCAGAAAGGACACGGUAAAACUUUUUGCUAUUUUUUUCUGGUUACCAGAUGACAGACUUCCACCUAUAUCAUUGAUGAUUCCAUCUUUAAUCCUUUCAUCACAAACUUCUCGUGUUAGAUUAUAAAGAAAUGACCCUUUUAUUCCAAAAAAGGAAAACCACACUGGAUUUUGAAGGCAUGAGGUAUCUUGUCUGAGAAGCAAAAUGUGGAGCAUGGAAAAGGUGGUUUCACUGAGCAAUUCCUUUGCUCUGGUCUCCACCACGCAUCCUGCACGUGUCUGGUCUGCAGCUCUCCAGAAGCACCAUUCUGCUGGCCUAACGAGGCCGUCCUGUGGGCACCCCUCGACAGACGUACCUCCAGAUGGAAAAUGACGAUCACCAGCACUAAAUUCCACCAUUACAUGUCUGAAUACAUUCACUGAAGGGAAAUAAAGAUUUGGCAAAGUGCUGGAGGUGCAGAGGACGUUCCCCAGUGGCCUGAAGGGCAGGAUGUAUAACUAUGGAUACUUGUACCAAAUCUGCAUCCCUUACCCGGCUCCCAGCCGAAGGUUGGAUUCUGCUCACAUUUACACUGUGCUGUCUUUUCACCACAGCUCCUACGACUUAUUAAAAACCCUACAAUUAAUUGUUAAGCACAUAUAUUACAAACAUGACUCACAACCUUUCUACUUCAUUGAGUGCGUUGGGAAUCCCAUUUGCCCAGGCACUAAAACACAUAUUUAACUUUCAGCGUGUGGUUCCUGUAGGCCUAAACGAUGCUAUUUGCAUAUUUAAAGUACUCUGGUGAGUCAGGGCUGUUAUUAUUAGAGUUAAUGAAUGAUAUUAUCUAAAUCAUUAGGCAGAACUAAAUGAUGAGCAAUUCACACUACGGUUCAGAGAGAAAGCGCUGAUUUCAGGUUCAAAGUGAUGUAAAUCAGAGCAAGUCCCAGACAGGCAAUAACCUGCACCCACACAGCUCCUGCCAGCCCGGCUGCACCGAUCCUGACCCCUCAUCACAGCCCUGUACUUGCCGUGCAGGGGGCUCCGCUGAUCAGAUAAUCCCAAGGAAACAAGUUCUACUUUCCGUUCCAUCUGAAGAACUGCAGGGUUUUGAUUUUCCUUAAGCCUUCUGACAGAUGUGUUCAAUAGAGUAACAGGAAGAAGUUGUUCCAGUUAUGAACCAGGCUGAUGAAAGGGUUAAUUUAUUUCAUUUGUAUUUUUAUUUGUACUUUUUUGGGGGGGAGGAGGGAGAACCAGGCCAGAACUGCAGGCGGUAGGUGUGCUUUUUGUCUUCUUUUUUAAUGAAAACAAUUAUAUAUAAUUUUAUAAUGUUACUCUUCUUUUUAGUAAUGAUUUUUCAGAGCGAUUUGCUCACUCUUUUCUGUUUUUGUGUGUUUUCUUUUAGGUAUAUUUUUAACAGGCUUUUGGAAUAAGUUUGUAGAAGUUCCUCACCCAAAAUGUCCUCAGGACAUUCCGAUUGUGUUUGGUUUGUUUUUUACCCAAGUUCGGCAGUAAAACGGUGCUUUCCAUAGGCAAACCAUUUCUAGUUGGGGUAAAGCCACCCGCGCAGGCCAGGGACCAGGUUCCAGUGACCUCUCCCAGACACAACGGUCUCUCCAAAACUCUUCCUUUACAUUUACAGAAUUCUAAAGGGCUAUGUGAGGGACCACUUGGUUGAGAAUGGUCUCUUCUGAUCUUAGGCAGUCUGUCCUAAAGCAGUUAGUCUGGCAAGAUGCGUUGUGUCCUCUUCAGCAGCGUUCUGCAGCCCGAAAUCUCAGGCUUGGUGAGAAAGCUCUGAAAUAGCAAUUACAAGAAACAUGUUUUCUUGAGAAGCGUGAGCUUUUACCUGCUGAAGUGGUGGUGUCUCUUGCGAUUGUUUUCCCUCCUCGGAAUCCAGCAAUGCACUCAUGUUUGAGCUUAUCUUGAGGCUUUGCUUCAUGCUGAGCCUACGUGCCAACGCUUUGCUGGGUGGAGGGUCUCCCUUGCUUUUACACUCCCCGCCCCGACCUUACUCAAGGUUCCUAUUGCUUCCAGAUGUCUUGUCCCAGGCAAAACAACUUUCUGUUCUGCAUUUGCAGAAAACCUCUAAUGCUCCCACGCUGAUCAUUUUUCCACUCACUCUUAUUCUCUGCACCCCCUCCCUUCUUCACCCCUCCGUUGUCACAUAUUUUGACCCGAUGAAAAAACAUCGCGACAAAACAUGAGUUAAGAUUGUAGUUAUCUGUUGAUAGUUUUUGGAGUUGACUGUAAAGCUGCUACUGCUUAAAAUGCUAGGCAGCAGAACCAGUUUAGCUUUGUAGUUUGCGUAUUAUUUUGCUUGCUUGUUGAACUUAUUUGAUAAUGAGUUAGUCAGAAUAUUGCAGAAUUUUUUUAAAAGAUAAACCUGCUAAACUUCUUUUUUUGCUGCAAAACGUGACAUUGAACUGCCGUCGCACCUGACUUCAGCGGGUUAGACGUGCUUUAGGUGUGAGAGGACCGGCCGUGGAACUGGUGGAGCGGGACUUGGCUCUUGCUUUCCACCGCACGCUGUCCGUCAGUGCAUUCUCUUUGGCAGGGUUUGCUGGGAGUGUGGAAUUCCAUUUUGUGAUAAUUCCGUUGUUUUCCUCACAGUACCGUUUCAAAACGUUGCUGCAGUAGAUGUGCCCUUCUGCUCUCCUGCAGAGGUUUGCUCUUAGCCCGACGUUGUGCGCCAGCGCCACAGGCCAGGCGGGUUCACACUUCUGGGGAGCGUUCCAAUGAAGCUUUGUGCCCCAGGAGUACGCUCUUAUCUGCAGGAAUUCUUGCUACUUCUCUACCCAAAGAGGAUUCCUCUAUUAUGUCCUCUUGUCCCUCACAGUUUUAAAUUUAAAUGUAGGAGAAACUGGGGUAGAACAUCGCCGUUGUGUUCCCCCCUCUCCCAGUAAAAGAGUGCUGAGCAUCCCUUUGAUGCAGGGUGGAGGGGCCUGAUUCCACAACAUUCUCCUAGUUUUUAAUGAUGCAAAAUUGAGUCCAGAUGUUGAGCAGCUCAGUGAUGGGAGGGGUUGUGAUUCAUGGGGAAGCCUGCAGAUGCCAUGGGCUCUUCAGCCGUGCGACGAGCAGUGCUGAGUUACGGGCCACAUCUGCAUCACGAGUCAGUGCAGGAGGGUAGGACUGGAGAACAAACGGGUCCUGCUCAGGGAACCUCUUGUGUCAGGAGGUGUAAUCGUUGGCUGCUCCAGCCUGGCUUUGUGGUCAGGGAAGCACUAGCUACUACUGGUAGUGGUUUGCACAGAGGGGGGUCGAGCAGAUACCUCCCCAUAGCAUACACUGUCCCUGCUCCUCGUCUUUGUACCAUUUGGGUGCCAAAUUCUUCGACACUGGGACACUUUUCCCCUUUUCUGUGAAAGAUGUGCUCACCAGCCAACAUCGGGCGGACGUUAAUGACCUAAUCCCGCAGGAGAGUGAGCUCUGAAGCACCUUGUUGUUAUCACGUAGCUGGUUUUCUUUAAUUUUACAAGAGAGAUUUUUUUUUCAUUUGGUGGCACAAAAUGUACAAUAUUUAAUACACCUGUAGUAAAUUGAUGACUUGUAGUAGAAGUUGACAGGGCAUUGUUUCUGUGCUGGUUGAGACAUUUAAAUCUGAAUACGCUUUUUACAUGUUGUUUUGUUGUGGGUUUUUUUUAUAUAUUGAACUUUUCAGCCUGUACAUUAAAUAUCCAGUGUUAUUUGGCAUUCAUCAAUGUAAGUGCUGUGUAUACUUUAGCGUUACCAGUGAUUAUUACUGUCAUUGUGCUGAUCCAAAGGCAUUCUUUCAAUUUCUGUUGACACAGUUUAGCUACUUGGAAUUCUUUGGCCUUCGAUAAUAUUCCACAGUAACUAAUUCGUGGAAUGAAAUAAGGGCUGUCCUUUCCCAUCGCCAUUUCCACUUCAGCAGGAGCUGCUUCACCCAGCAGAGCAUUACCCUUCUCUUUCCCGUCCUUUCCUUGGUAAUAGAUAACAUUGGUUUGUUUUGGUUUUUAUCCUGGAAGUUCUGAAUUCCACGUUGGCCAUUUCUAGCAAUAGUUCAGACAAGUAGAGGUGGCUGUGCCAUAAGGAUUUACUGAUCACAAUGGAAUUGAAAGAUUGUAAUAAUUUUGUUUUUCUUAUAUAUAUAUUUUUCCACUAUUGUUUUUAAUCAAAUCUUCUCUCAGCAUGAUUAACAACUGAAGACACUAAAGGAUGAAACGCUAAAUGUGUAUGAGGAAAGGGAUUCCGUUAAAUUAUUUCCAUCCAUAUGAAUGUUUAAGUCAGAACACAGACUGUCCCUCAGUUACCUAUUUCCCAUAUCCAUCACCUAACGCAGUGAUUUCAAUGAGACCCCUCCCCUCCUUGAAACCAGGGAUACAUGUGAAGAGCUCAGCAGUAAAUACAGUUUGGUUUCAUAAAAGUAAGCUGCUGCUUAAUUAUAGUGCCUUUAAAGCAUUUCUACUUUCUUGUAGAAGACGGCAAUUUUGUAUGUUUAAUCACCAAGUAUCCAUUAUCGGAUAAAGAAGAUAGUGCUUAUCUUACUUGGAGGUGCUGUUUUAUAUGAUGAUGGACACUGCUGCGCGAGAGCCGUAGAUUGCUAUUUGAAAUACCUUAGCCUGUUCGCUACACCAUGAUGAGAACAACAGUGACAGGUUCCAGGAGGAGGUUAGCUUGGGAAUGGACUCUCGCAAAACCGGGCAGGACGUAAUGAAAGAUGUCUUGGGCCGGACGGUGGUUGCAGUGGUGAACGUGACACCAUAUUUCAAGUGUCAUCCCAUUGUUUUCCAAGAGGAUUUGGACGAAUUCCCUGUGCCUCGUGUUGGUGCUUUACUCCUUUGUGUCAAUGUUUUAGUGAGGUUUCUAUUUUAACGUGUGCCAUGCAUAUUCCAAUACGAUCUGUAUUUGUUACCUAUGAUGUACAUACUUUGUUCUCCCUUUUAUAAAAACACCUGUUUACUUACA